CUGUCAGAACAGAUGAAAAGACCAGCCCUACUGAGCGGGCGUGUAUGUGUGUGUGUUAUAAUUAAUCCUAACCUCAAAUUAAAAUAUAAAAUACUAUUUAUUUUUCUUUCCAUAUUACGUUAGGUGAACAGAAUAUCAAGUAGUCUUUUAUUUUAAUACAGUGUUGUAUCCGUGCCUUGAAUUCUUUAAUUAUCUAUCAUGAAACGUAAAUUAGCUAAAGAAGGUAAAGCCAUUACCAAAGAAGAAAGAAUUUUGAAUAGUCCUUUGGAUGACAAUGUUAAAGAUUUGGGAGAUAUUGGAGAAUUGGCUAAUGAGGAUGACAGCUCAGAUGAUGAAGGGUUGGAUUAUGAUGAAGAAAGUGAAGAUGAAAUCGAAAAAGAAGGUGGAAAUGAUGAGUCCACGGAAGAAGAAGAUGUAGAUGAAGAUGAAGAUGAAGAUGAAGAUGAAGAGGAAAGUGAUUUGGGAACAGUGUCUAGUGAUGAUCUCGAGUGGGAGUCGGGGAGUGAAAAAGAAGGUGAUGAAGCUAAUAAAAACAUCAGAGAGCAAAAAGAUACAAAGAGAUCUAAAACGAAUACAAGUGAAAAUAAUGGUAAAAUUAUCCCUUCAAGAGAAUUAAAUUCUCCACAAAUAUCUAAAAAUGUUAUAAAUAAAAGAGAUGAUAAACCAGUUGAUGAAUACAAUGAGGGAGAUACAUCUGAUGAAGAAGAUAUAAGGAACACUGUGGGAAAUGUACCAAAAGAGUGGUACGAUGAAUAUCGCCAUCUGGGAUACGACUGGGACGGCAAGAAGAUCUUAAAGCCUGAGAAGGGUGAUCAACUGGACUAUUUCUUAAAGCAGGCAGAGGACCCUAAUUUUUGGCGAACAGUGGUUGAUCCUCAGACCGGCCAGGAUGUGGUGUUGAGUGACAAAGACAUAGAGCUAGUACAGAGGAUGUUGGCUCACAAAGUACCUGAUCCUGAUUAUGAUGAAUAUCCUGAGUUGGUUGAGUGGUUCUCGUCAGAUGUGAUGAAAAUGCCACUGAGAAAAUUUCCCGAACACAAAAGGUCAUUCUUGCCUAGUAAGAGUGAGAAAGCAAAGGUUUCAAAAUAUGUCCAUGCUCUCAAGAUGGGUUGGAUGAAAUCUUCAAAGAUGUUGAAGAAAGAACAGAAGGAACGGGAACGUGCUGGUCCCCAGUACUACAUGCUGUGGCAGAGUGAUGAGGUGGCCGAGGAGAUGCGGCGGAUACAUAACCACAUCCCAGCACCAAAACGGCUGCUGCCUGGACAUGCAGAGUCCUACAAUCCACCUGAGGAGUUCCUCUUUAAUGAAAAGGAGUUGAAAUAUUUCAACAAAGAGAAAAAGUCCUUGGGCAAGAAAAAGCUACACUUUGUGCCACAAAAGUACAACUCUCUGCGCGAAGUACCUGCAUACAAUAGAUUCAUCCGGGAACGCUUCAUGCGCUGCGUUGACCUUUACUUGUGUCCAAGGGCUAUAAAAAUGAAGUUGACAAUAGAACCGGAGGACCUGGUACCUCAGUUGCCCAGUCCAAAAGACUUGCAGCCCUUCCCGAACAUCAUGUCCUUAGUGUUCAAGGGUCACACAGACAUGAUACGGUGCAUCUCUAUUGAUCCUAAGGGCCAAUAUUUGCUCUCUGGCUCCGACGAUUUCACAAUUAAAAUUUGGGAAGUAGCGACUGGACGCUGUGUUCGUACUGUGGCUGUGGGCGGGACGGUGCGCAGUGUGGCCUGGUGCCCCAACCCUGCCCUGUCACUGGUGGCGGUGGCAGCGGACCGUAAGUGUCUCCUCAUCAACCCUGCUGUGGGUGACAGCUUGGUUGUAGACAAGACUGAUUCUGUACUUCUAGAGCCUCCUGUACAGGAGGGUCAAGUUCCAGAGCGAGUGAGUAUCGCAGUGCAGUGGCAGCAAGCUGAGGGAGAGGAGUGGGAUAAUGGGAUUAGAGUUAUUGUCAAUCACUUCAAGGAGAUUAAACAGGUGACUUGGCAUGGACGAGGUGACUACUUUGCCACAGUGAUGCCAGAGGGAGAGAACCGUUCGGUGUUGAUACAUCAGCUGUCCAAGCGACGUUCCAUGCUGCCUUUCUCUCGGCCCAAGGGUAGGGUCCAAUGCGUCCUUUUCCACCCAGUCCGCCCCUUCUUCUUUGUGGCUACUCAACACAAUGUCAGAGUGUAUGAUGUGGUUAAGCAGGAAAUGGUUAAGAAACUGUACUCCAACUCCAGGUGGAUAUCAAGUAUGGCUAUACAUCCAGGCGGGGACAACUUGCUGGUGGGCACAUAUGAUUGUAAGGUGCUCUGGUUCGACCUGGACCUGUCGACUAAGCCUUAUAAGACCCUAAGGCUUCACAGCACCGCAGUCCGGAGUGUCAGUUACCAUAGAACCUACCCGCUCUUCGCAUCUGUGUCAGACGACACCAGCCUCAUUGUCUCUCAUGGGAUGGUCUACAAUGAUCUUCUUCAAAAUGCUCUGAUAGUUCCACUGAAGAGACUAAGCAACCACGAGAGAACUAAUGAUUUUGGAAUCCUCGAUGUGAUGUUUCACCCCACACAGCCCUGGGUGUUCACAUCUGGGGCUGAUGCUACCAUCAGAUUGUACACCUAAGCACAUUCAUAUAUGUGUUUUAUUAUGUUAUCAUGUACAUAAUGUAUAAUAAAGUUGAUUUUAUACAUUAAACA